GGUUGUUCCAAGUUCAGAGACCGAAUGGAUACAGUUCUUGUCGGAGCAAAGUAACGGGCAAAGGAAAGCGCUCUUGUACAGACAACUUUGAAAUAUCUGUGGAGUUCUACGUUACACUUACACUGUCUUACAGACGUUACAGUCGAGUGGCAAUAAGUUAUACAACAGCGCGCACUAGGCUACUCUGAUAGUCUAAUCUUUCAAAUGCAGUGACAUCGGCUAUAGUGCUUAAAAUAACGGACACCGGGAGAUCAAAAAGACAUGGAGAACGGCAAGAACCGUCUGCAGCAGGCCCAGGAUGACGUGGACGAGGUGAAGGGCAUCAUGCUGGACAACCUGAACAAGGCAGAGGAGCGCACCGGCAAACUGGGGGAACUGGAGAACAGGGCAGAGGAGCUCCUUGAACAGGGCAAGGGCUUUGCCAAGACAGCAGCCAAGGUCAAGAGGAAGAAGCAGUGGGAGAACCUGAGGCUGAAAAUCAUCAUCGGAGGCGUGAUAUCCGCUGUCAUCAUGGUCAUUAUUCUGGUGGCCGUUUUAAACAGUACCAGCAGCGACUCGUCAGGAAGCGAAGGACCUGCUGACGAUAGUGCCACCCCAGCGCCCUGACGGGGGCUUCGCUGGCCAGGACUGGGCAAGGAAAUGGGAGGACAAUGGGGGAAGUGGAGGAAGACAGGAAGAUAUAGCUAUAUAUAGUAUAUCAGGGAUUCCCUCCAAAGGAAAAGGGAUUGAUGAAGGAGAUACAGUUCAGUUCGGCCUCUGCAUAGUUGGCAGGAGGUGGAGAAGGGGAUUCUAAAGGUUGCUUCUGUUGUAAGAAUGGAAGAGAAAAAUCCGAUCUGUCUGCUAUACUUCCUAUGCUUGCUUGGAAGGAGCUCCGCGACUUUUUGUGUAAGAGAGCGAUCUGGUUGUCAGAUUGAGGUGUUUGCCUGCUGGACAAGUUUGUGUAGGAAAGGUACCUGGAUCUGCUGCUUUUCAGGCCAUUUGUAGGUGGGAAGAGUCUUAAAGGCAGUGUACAGGCUUUGUAUGAGAUGCGUCGUUCCACUGCAAGUUCACCCAAUUGAGUUUACAGUUCUUUGUGUUUUCAUAUUUCCCCACACUUUGUCAGUCACUGCCUUCCAAGCAUUUAACAUCUAUUAAUAUAUUACAUACAACUAUCAUAGGACAUCUAAAGAUUAAUUUAUACCUCCGUGUUUGAAUUCAGUGAAGAAAGCUGUUGAAAAUGAUGCAAUGAGAAUUGUUUCUGCCUUUCCCUACAAAGUUUUCAUGAUGAAGAUUGUGCAUUGUAGGCUACAUGUCUUUUGUCUGGAACUAUUUCUUUUUUUUUUUACUUUGUUUAAACUACCGUCAUAACCUGAGGGAAAGGUAUAUCCCUGCUGCUGUUAAAACCGUCUGCUGUUUAACCUUGUCUAUCAUUUCUAUUGACUGUUACAUGUAAUAUUGCUGUGCCUUCACCAUAUAGGCAUACACAGUAUCAGUUUUUGCCAUUUAAUUGUGUUGUGAGCCUUUAUAUGAAUAUGUUGCUAUAUCAUCAUAAAUAUCAGCAUUUCAUGAUGCCUGUUGUUAGCAGACGUUUGCCACAAUAUCAAUAAAAAAACAUGUGAACAAA